AUGGCCAGGGGAGGAGGAGGCGGCGGAGCGCGCGGCGCGCUGGCCUACUCCAUGGCCGUCGUCCUUGCUGGCCUCGCCAUGGCGCUCGCCGCCGCGACGCAAGUGGCGUCGGCUGCCGCCGGGCACGACUACCGCCAGGCGCUGAGCAAGAGCAUCCUCUACUUCGAGGCGCAGCGGUCCGGGCGGCUCCCCGGCAGCCAGAGGGUGGCCUGGCGCGCCGACUCCGGCCUCCUCGACGGCAAGGCCAACGGGGUGGAUCUGGUGGGCGGCUACUACGACGCCGGCGACAACGUCAAGUUCGGCCUGCCGAUGGCGUUCACUGUGACCAUGAUGUCUUGGAGCGUCCUCGAGUACGGCAACCAGAUGGCGGCGGCCGGCGAGCUCGGCCACGCCGUUGAGGCCAUCAAGUGGGGCACGGACUACCUGGUCAAGGCGCACCCAGAGCCCAACGUGCUGUACGGAGAGGUCGGCGAUGGUGACUCGGACCACGAUUGCUGGAUGCGGCCGGAGGACAUGACGACGAGCCGUCAGGCCUACCGCCUUGACCCCCAGAACCCCGGGUCCGAACUCGCCGGGGAGACCGCUGCAGCAAUGGCGGCGGCCUCGCUCGUGUUCCGCGGCUCCAACCCCGGCUACGCCAACACUCUCCUCCAGCACUCCAAGCAGCUGUUCGAUUUCGCCGACAAGUACCGGGGGCGGUACGACAGCAGCAUCACGGUGGUGCGCAAGUACUACGCGUCGUCGAGCGGGUACGGGGACGAGCUGCUGUGGGCGGCGGCGUGGCUGCACGAGGCGACCGGCGAGUCGCGGUACCUGGACUACCUGGCCACCAACGCCGACGCGCUGGGCGGCACUGGCUGGUCCAUCAACCAGUUCGGCUGGGACGUCAAGUACCCCGGCGUGCAGGUCCUGGCCGCCAUGUUCCUCCUGCGGCGUGGCAACAACGCCCACGCCGACGUGCUGCGGCGGUACAAGCAGAAGGCGGACCUGUUCGCGUGCUCCUGCCUCGGCAGGGGCGGCGCCAACAGCGUGCCCCGGACGCCCGGCGGCAUGGUCUACCACCAGAGCUGGAACAACGUGCAGUUCGUGACCAGCGCCGCGUUCCUCCUCGCCGCCUACGCCGACCACCUCGCCGCGGCCGGGCAGGCCGCGCAGUGCCCGGACAACGGCGGGUCGUCCGCGCAGCCGUCGGAGCUGCUGGACUUCGCCAGGUCCCAGGUGGACUACAUCCUGGGCAGCAACCCGAGGGCGACGAGCUACAUGGUCGGGUACGGCGCCACGUACCCGCGGCAGGCGCACCACCGCGGCUCCUCCAUCGUGUCCGUCAAGGCCAACCCCUCGUUCGUCAGCUGCCAGGCCGGGUACAGCAGCUGGUACCACCGCGGCGCCGCCAACCCCAACCUGCUCGACGGCGCCACCGUCGGCGGACCCGACGAGUACGACAACUUCGCCGACGAGAGGGAUAACUACGAGCAGACGGAGGCCACCACAUACAACAACGCGCCGCUCAUGGGCGUGCUCGCUCGAUUGGCCGCCGGUCACGGCGGCGGCCGGUUUGCUCACCACUCUGUCGCCGCCGAUGAAGUUUCUUCCUCCACGGCCAUUAAUGGCGCCAACGGGACCUCACUGCCAUCUCCUUCUCCGGCUUCUGAACACGCGUCAGAGUCGCCAAUUGAGAUCGAGCAGAACGCGACGGCGUCGUGGAUGGAGCGGGGCAAGACGCACCACCGGUACGCGGUGACGGUUACCAACAGGUCGCUCAAGACCGUCCACGAGCUCCACAUCGGCAUCUCCAAGCUCUACGGCCAGGUGUGGGGCGUCGACAAGGCGCGGUACGGCUACGUGUUCCCGAGCUGGCUGGCGUCGCUGCCCGCCGGCAAGAGCGCCUCGUUCGUGUACGUCCAGGCCACGCCCCCGGCCGACGUCUGGGUCACCGGCUACAAGCUCCUCUGA